UACCUACGUCACAGGAAGGGGUCACCGUGCUGCGCAGCGCAGGCUGCAUUGUUUUAUCUUUCGUCACGUUCUCCUGCUGAACGGCCAGGGUCAUUGUGGGUCCUCCAUUUAACCGUGUUAGGAGCCUUUUGACCUCGUAUCGGUGCAAGACGUUAACGGGCUUCCUUAGGCUAUUCUGCGGACGACGGUGACACAGUAGGUGACAAGAUGAAGCCAGUGUUGACAGCAGCAUGGAUGAUAGUAAUGUUGGUGGUGUCUAGCGCACUGGAACUGUUGCCGACGGCAGUAGUUCCAACACCCCAGCGCACACAGGCCCCAGCAGAGGUGGUGGUUCCCAAGUAUGCCCAAACGCUGUACAAGGCCACAGACCUCUCGACUGUGAUGAACACUUUGAUACCACUGUGGCCAACACAUGCCACCAACUUCCACGACACGGUCACUACCACUGUCAUCAAUCAGACCAUCUCCACCUCAACGGCAGAGUUUGCAACAGUGAUCAACACGACAGUACUCUAUCACAGCACCCCCACGGUCACCUACUCCUUACAAGCUGCCAUCACCUCCUAUGAGACCCUAGAGUUCCAGCACCAGUCAGUAAUAUACACUGACCUCAAAAACAAUAGCAUUACUCACACUGAGGUAGAGGAAAAUACUUUACCUUUCAUAUAAUUUAAACACACACACACACACAUACUUUAAAAAAUCAACCUGGAUAUUAGUAGAUGUAGAGACAGGACAUUAUAGUUCUUUUCUUAUAUGUCACAACUAGGUAAACACACACACACACACACACACACACACACACACACACACACACACACACACACACACACACACACACACUAAUUAGCCUUGCAGUUGAGUGCAGAAAUUGUAAUAUCUUUUAUACUUUGUUCAUUUACAAGGAAAAUAGAAUCUGGAUCCAGAAUUCUGUCCCACUCUCCCCAGCUACAUUGUAACUCAUAAAACACACACACACACACACACACACACACACACACACACACACACACACACACACACACACACACACACACACACACACACACACACACACACACGUAGGUGACCAACACAGUGGUAAAUUUCUGCAUGGUUGGCACAAUGAAGAAUCUUCCAGUCAUUGUGUAGUCAUUGGACAUUUUUAUGAGAACUUCUCACACUCACUUGCUUUAGAGUUAGACAAUAUGUGGAUGUCUUGGUAUUGCAUUUGCUGUACUUACACUGCUAUAUCCUUUUAUUUUUACUGUACUGAGAAUGGUACUUUUUAUACCUUAAGGGGAAUCAGACACUUGUAAACUAUUUAUGUAUAGCUUUGUGUUAUGGUACCAGAAGGUAGCCAGCCUUGUCCUCUGUGAUUUUUUAAAUAAAGCUUUGCUAA